CUACACGACGAAAGGUGCGAACAACAUGAAUAACAACAUGAAUAAUGGAAAUGGGAACAACAAUAUCGACAAUUUCAAUGGUGGGUCAUGGGGAAAGGUGGGAUGACGUGCUAUGAGUGUGGGAUGACUGGCCAUAUGGCUCGGGAUUGUUGGUCGAAACGAGGAAGAUCGGGCCAGCAAGAUGAUGAGGUGCAUGUGUUUGUGAGGGAUCUGAUGGAAGAAAAGGAGGAAAAAAAGAAACGGGCGGAGGAGGAACAGAAGCGAAGGGAAGAAGAAAAGGAAAGGAAGAGGGAGCUAGAUAUAGCAAGAAGGAUUGAAGAGAUGAAAUUGCAGCUGCAAUCGGACAUCGACGACACGUGGCGGAGGCAACAGGAAGAGAUGGCGAAUAAGGUUCGAGAGAGUUAUUUAAAAACGAAGACUGUGAAGAACGGAAGCCCGAAAGUGUCACCGCGAAGUAGGACGAUAUUCAGGGCGAAGUCGAAGAGGCCAGUACGGAGAAGACAUGCUAAAAAGAGAUCGAGCAAACAAAGCACUGACUCGUCCACGUCUUCGGACUCGGAGAUUAGCGAUUCAGCAUCGAGUGACUCUAGCGAAGAUUCCGAGGAGGAUUUGUUGAGAAUGGUAAGACUUCUACGAGAAGAAAAGAGAAGAGUUAAGUCGAAGAGAAAGAAGGCACGGGGAAGACCUGUGAGAAAGGCACCAGCAAGGACGUGCGAGAAAAGAGAGUGUUCGAAGAAGUCGACAUCCACGUUGACGGGGGAGGAUGAGCCAAGAACGCCACUCACCGGAGGCUAUAAAGGGAUAGUAGCGGGCUGUUCUGAAGAGGGUUUCCUCGACUAUACGUUACAGGUGAUGCAGGCUUCCUCAGCGAAGAAGGUGCAUCAUCUUCAAGAGAUAUGCGAUAAAGAGGGUAUAAAGGCUGUAGAGAAGGAUGAGAUGAUAAUGGAACUGGUAAGGAGACAAACUGAGUGAGCGUACGGAGGCGCCUUCGAGACGCCGAAAGGGAAGAAUGAAGUCAAGAUUAAAGA